AUGGUAACGGUUAAAAUCGAAUUAAACAAGUUAGGAUAUGUUUAAAAAUAAACAUCGGUGCUGUAAGAAUUUACACGUUUGUCCAGCCUGUGAGUGAGUGAAGGAAUUAAGCGUUCGGAUUUAUCCUUGUAAUUCCGGUAGAUCUGGAUAGUGGCAAGUGAAAUAAUUUGUGUUAUCUGUGCGCCAGAAAGCGAAUCUAAUCAUGGAAUAUAAAAUCGUUUAAACACGGUUUGAACGAUUUGUGUGACUUGGAUAUUGCUUAAGGCACAAAACGAUAAGCAAGUCCAGCUGCGCGUUCGACAAUGGACACCGCGUACUCGGCGGAGAUUAUCAACAAGUUCAGCAACAUGAACCUGCGCAGUAAAUCUCACAGCAGCAAGGAGCCCGAAUAUGGCAAACUAACGCCGGAGCAAAUCCUGGACAUUCACAGGCCCAACGAGAACCACAACAACAAGCGUCCCCAGUCGUCCUUUGUUCCUGCGGUUUGUAACUUUCAAACCGCCCGGAAGAUGGCACAGGAGAAUCUUGAGCACCAGCCGCUGCCGGACGCUGUGAUGGACAUAGCGUUCCGAAAAGCGCAGGUCGCCGGUUCAGCGAAUCCCGGUGUGGCCUUGGAGGUGGGCCCCUAUGCGACAGGUACUUCUGCUGUUGGUUGUAAAAACUACAAAGCCGGCCCUACGAAAUGCACUAAAUAUCGAGUCUACAGACCGAAAACUUGUGGCGUCAUUCCGAAACCGCUAAGCGCAUCCGGUUUGAACGAGCGAAUACCGGAGUUUAAGAAGCGCGAGAAAGUUUGCCCGAUGGAUCUGGCUAUCGGCUGGGACUACCGCACCAAGCGGGAGCCGAGUCGCGCUAUGUUCAUGGACGGUUCGAAACCUUCGGUUGCUCCGCCUAUAUUCGAGGUUGUUGAACCCCCUAAGGAUCUAAAUCUGCCAAACGUUGUCCACUCCGGGGGAGUAUUCUCGAACACGCUCGGUGAAGAGGACUUCUUCGAUCGGGAUAUCAUAAGGCAGCACGAUGAGUAUACCCAGAAUUACAAUUUGGCCAAUCGAUGCAAGUGCAAUGGAAGUGCCAAACCGCGAUCAGCCAAAUCCAACCGAUCGGGUAAAUCCGAUCGGCAGAAUGCCGAUGUUGCCGCUUCGGGCGAACAGCAGCAGCAACUCAAAGCGGAUGGUGGCGAGUUGCCGAAUUUGGUCCAGCAGCGGCCGAAAGGAUCGCCGAAUGUGAUGCAAGAAGGCUCUCGGCAACGCACACCAGUUGAUGGUAAACAAAAGGACAACAAAAUACCCCGUCUUUGCCAGAAUGCCGCACCUGGCGAUGAGUUUACCUACAAGGUGCAGCAUGAGUUUAGGUGUGCCUUCAAGGCGGGCAUUCCGCAGAGCAACUCGUCCGGAACGGUCGCCAGCUUUGACAGUGGCAUUUCCAACUGCUCGCAAAAGCAUGAACCGAAAAAGCUUGCCGUUCCGAAGCCCCGCGAGCCGUACAUCAAGAAGAACUACAUCAUCGAUACGCUGGCACCUCCGUUUGCCUUCUGGAAGAAGGGAUCCGGCUAUCCGGACUAUUGGCGCUUGGUUAGUGUGUAUCAGCAUGCUUACAAGCCGGCAGAGAAACGGAAAUAUCCCCUGCUGAAGACGGUUUACCAGUAGGAAGGAGGACUGUCGCUUAGUUUGUCGUUUUUUCUUUUUUUUUAGAGAAUUGUGCACCGUAGUUUGCCCUACUUGAACUGUUGUGUAAUUCUUAGCUUCCAACAAUAAAG